AUGGCUGACAACAGGAAACUUUUGGCAUUGCUGCAGCGCCCACUGGAACCAACGUUCUACCCGAAGGACAACGGUAAAACGGUGGUGGAUCUUCCGGACAAUUACCUUACCGAACGGUACAAACCCAUUGGCGAAUCGCUGCAAACCCGGUUCUCGGAGGAUGUGGAUACGCGCAUUGCGGUGCGGGCAGCGGCACUGCCGGACAUUUCCUUCGCCGAGGUGAUCCCGCGGCGGGGCGAUUUUUCGCUCUUCAUUCCGAAACAUCGCCAAAUUGCGGGUGAUCUGAUCAACCUGUUCAUGAGCCAGCCGGACGUGGAUACGCUGAUGAGUGCCGGAUCGUACGCUAGGGAUCGCUUGAACCCGAUCCUGUUCCAGUAUGCGAUGGCGGUAGCGAUCCAGCAUCGGCCGGACACGAAGAAUCUACCCAUUCCCAGCUUUCUCGAGCUGUUCCCGGACUCGUUCGUUGAUCCGACCACAAUCCCGCAACUCCGAGAGGAAGGUGCGGUCGUUGCACAAAAAGAUCGGAUAACCAUAGACAUUAAAAUGAACUACACUGCCUCGGAUCGUGAGGAAGAACAGCGGUUGGCGUACUUCCGCGAGGAUAUCGGCGUGAACCUUCACCACUGGCACUGGCAUCUGGUGUACCCGGGUGAGGGACCCAACAAUGUCGUGAACAAAGAUCGUCGCGGGGAGCUGUUCUACUACAUGCAUCAGCAGCUGAUCGCUCGCUACAAUGUGGACCGGUUCUGCAACCGGUUGGCUCGUGUACGCCCACUGACCAGCUUACGGGAGGCCCUGCCCGAAGGAUACUUCCCGAAGAUUGUUCGUAGUUUGACGAAUCGUGCGUUUCCGUCACGUCCGCAGAACACAAUCCUGCGGGAUUUGAAUCGGAUCGAAGACGAUGUGGUUCUUACGAUAAACGACAUUGAGCGUUGGGGUAGUCGCAUUGCGGAGAGUAUCGAUGGUGGUUACGUUGUUGCGCCUGGAGGAAACAGAGUUCCGUUGGAUGAGCAGACGGGUAUCGACGUGCUGGGCAACAUCAUGGAACCGUCAGCCCUUUCCGUCAACAGCCAGUUCUACGGCAACUAUCACGGCCAUAUGCACAAUCUGAUCGCCUUCAGCCAUGAUCCGGAGAACCGUUUCCUGGAGGGAUAUGGUGUGGUGGGCGAGUUCCAGACGGCAAUGCGUGAUCCAGCAUUCUACCGUCUGCACGCCCAGGUGGACAACAUGUUCCAUCGCUACAAGCGUACCCUUCAGCCGUACAACGCUAACCAGCUGGGAUAUGCCGGUGUGCAGAUACAAUCGUUUGGUGUACAGUUGAAUCGAGCCAAUGCGCCGGCAAACGUGUUGCUGACGUACUGGCAACGAUCGCAAAUUGAUUUGGCCACCGGACUUGACUUCGGACCGCAAGGAAAUGUGUUUGCGUCCUUCACGCAUCUGCAACACGCACCGUUCACAUACCGGAUCACGGUAAAUAACACUAGUGGUGCGGCACGCCGUGGUACUUGCCGCAUUUUCAUAGCACCCAAGGUGGACGAACGGAACACUGCGCUGACCAUGGAUGAGCAGCGUCUGCUGAUGGUGGAGUUGGACAAGUUCCGCGUCAAUUUGACUCCUGGAACGAAUAAUCUGGUGCGUCGCUCGGAACAAUCCAGUGUCACCAUCCCGUACGAGAGAACCUUCCGCCCGAUGGCAUUGUCCAACAUAAAUCUACCAGAAACGGAGCAGUUCCGCUUCUGCAACUGUGGCUGGCCACAUCAUCUGCUGCUGCCGAAGGGUUCUUCCGAGGGUAUGAAGUUCGAUCUGUUUGUAAUGAUCUCGAACUUUGCAGAUGACACAGUCAACCAGGAGUUUGAUGAGAACAUCAACUGCAAUGAUUCACACUCGUUCUGUGGCAUCCGUGAUCAGCUGUAUCCGGAUAAGCGACACAUGGGAUUCCCGUUCGAUCGUCGGAUUCCUGUUGCGAUGCGUACACUGUCCGAUUUUACGCGCCCGAACUCUAACAUGACCAACAUUGAGGUGAACGUUCGCUUCACCAACACCGUCAUCAUUGUUGCAGCAUUGCAAGCAGUUAGCAUGGCUGAUUUAACACAAAAGUUCCAUGGCCUUCUACAACACCCACUGGAGCCGCUGUUUCUCUCUAAAAACAAUGGAACGCUGUUCUACGAUCUACCGGAAAGGUUCCUAACGUCCCGGUAUCGUCCGAUAGGGCAAAAUCUGGCCAAUCGCUUCGGACCGAACGCGUCAUCUUCGACGCAAGUUAGCAACGAUACGGGCGUGCAGCCCACGGUGGUAACCAUACGUGAUCUGCAGGAACUCCCGGACCUAUCCUUUGCUUCGUGGGUGCAACGUCGUGACGCAUUUUCGCUGUUCAAUUCCGAACAUCGGAAAGCGGCAGGGAAGCUGAUUAAGCUCUUUCUCAACCAACCGGACGCGGAUACGUUAGUCGAUGUGGCUGCUUACUCGCGUGAUCGGCUAAAUGGGCCCAUGUUUCAGUACGCACUGUCGGUGGCACUGUUGCAUCGCCCGGAUACGAAGAGCGUGCCCGUACCGACGAUGUUACACCUAUUUCCCGAUCAGUUCAUUGAUCCAGCCACCAAUCCAAAGAUGAUGGAGGAAGGAUCGAUUGUGCUGGAUGAGAACAGGAUGGCUAUUAGCAUACCGGCGAACUUUACCGCAAACGACAAUGAACCGGAACAGCGGAUGGCUUUCUUUCGCGAAGAUAUUGGCAUAAAUCUUCACCACUGGCACUGGCAUUUGACGUACCCCGGUUCCGGCCCACCGGAAGUCGUACGAAAGGAUCGUCGUGGAGAGCUGUUCUACUACAUGCACCAGCAGAUACUAGCCCGCUACCAAGUGGAUCGUUUUGCCCAGGGCCUUGGACGACUAGAGCCAUUGGUGAAUCUACGGGAGCCGCUCCGUGAAGCUUACUAUCCGAAGCUUUUGCGCUCGGCAAACAAUCGUACAUUCUCUGCCCGUUAUCCCGGAAUGACACUGAGCGAUGUGGUCCGAACCAGUGACCGAACGGAAGUUAGAAUUGGCGAUAUUGAAUCAUCGAUUACGCGUCUGCUAGCGGCGAUCGAUGCCGGAUCAGCCAUUAAUACUGAUGGAAGCCAUGUACCGCUGGAUGACGCUAAAGGAAUCGACAUAUUGGGCAACAUCAUCGAACGAUCGGCUCUUUCGAUCAAUCGCAGUUUAUACGGCGAUCUGCACAAUUCGGGCCACACACUAUUGGCCUACAUCCACGAUCCCCGUGGCACCUAUCUGGAGUCGUUCGGCGUGAUGGGAGGAGUAGCGACCGCGAUGCGCGAUCCCGUGUUCUACCGCUGGCAUAAGUUCGUGGACAAUCUCUUUGUCAGGCACAAGGCUCGGCUCGCUCCGUACACUUCACCCGAGCUCUCCAACAGCAACGUUACGCUGGUUGCACUCGAAACGCAACUGGAUCGCACCGAUGGCGCUAAGAACAGUUUGGUGACGUACCUUGAGCGGUCCCAGGCAGAUCUUGGCUCCGGGCUAGAUUUCGGACCGUCCGGUACUGCCUUCGUUAGCUUCACCCAUCUUCAGUGCGCACCGUUCGUCUAUCGACUCAGCAUCAACUCAUCUGCACGUGGGCGACGCGACACGAUACGCAUCUUUUUGCUGCCACGCCAAGACGAACAGGGACGCCCAUUGUCAUUUGACGACCGACGCACGCUGGCCAUCGAACUGGACAGCUUCCGUGUAAAUUUACGCUCCGGUAUGAACACUAUCGUACGACGAUCGGAUAGCUCCAGCAUUACCAUCCCGUACGAGCGGACCUUUGGGAACGUUGUGCAGGCCAAUGCGGGCAAUGUGCAAUCGCGAUUCUGUGGUUGCGGUUGGCCAGCACAUAUGCUGCUGCCGAAAGGGAAUGCGAACGGCGUUGAGUAUGAUUUGUUUGCCAUGGUCUCCCGGUUCGAGGACGAUAACGCUAACGUGGAGUAUGAUGAAAAUUCAACAGUGCCCCGUAGCAUCAUCAGCCAGCGUCCAGUAAAGAUGUCCAACAACAGGAACCUUCUUGCCCUGCUGCAGCGCCCACUGGAACCGACGUUCUACCCGAAGGACAAUGGUAAAACGGUGGUCGAUCUGCCGGAGAACUUCCUUACCGAGCGUUACCGUCCGAUCGGUGCCUCGCUGCAGAGCCGCUUUGGUAAUGAUGCCGAUACGCGCAUUCCGGUGCGCAACAUAGCGCCGCCGAGCAUUUCCUUUGCCGAGGUUGUACCGCGCCGGGGUGGCUUUUCGCUGUUCAACCCCAAGCACCGUCAGAUUGCGGGAGACCUCAUCAACCUGUUCAUGAGCCAGCCGGACGUGGAUACGCUGAUGAGCGCGGCGGCCUAUUCGCGUGAUCGUUUGAAUCCGAUCCUGUUCCAGUACGCGUUGUCGGUUGCUAUUCAGCAUCGGCCAGAUACGAAGGAUUUGAACAUUCCAUCCUUCCUCGAGCUGUUCCCCGAUUCGUUCGUUGAUCCGUCCACAUUCCCCAAGCUGCGUGAGGAGGGUUCCAUUGUGCAGGCGGAAAACAGAAUGACUAUCGACAUUCCAUUGAAUUAUACCGCCUCGGAUCGGGAAGAUGAACAGCGGUUGGCGUACUUCCGCGAGGAUAUCGGUGUGAACCUUCACCACUGGCACUGGCAUCUGGUGUACCCGGGCGAAGGCCCGAGCAAUGUUGUGAACAAGGAUCGUCGCGGGGAGCUGUUCUACUACAUGCAUCAGCAGCUGAUCGCUCGCUACAAUGUGGAACGUUUCUGCAACCGUCUUGCUCGUGUGCGUCCGCUGACCAACUUGCGUGAGCCUGUGCCGGAAGGAUACUUCCCCAAGAUCAUCCGUAGCUUGAACAACCGUGCCUUCCCACCACGUCCGCAGAACACGGUCCUCAGGGAUAUCAACCGUGUGGAUGAUAGCGUUGUCUUCACCGUAAGCGAUCUCGAACGCUCGGAGGCUCGUAUUGCGGAGAGCAUUGACGGUGGAUAUGUUGUAGCACCGGGUGGUAAUCGAAUUCCGCUGGAUGAGCGUACCGGUAUUGAUGUGCUGGGUAACAUCAUGGAACCGUCGGCCCUUUCCGUCAACAGCCAGUUCUACGGCAACUAUCACGGAAACUUGCACAACAUCCUUGCGUACAGCCACGAUCCGGACAACCGUUUCCUGGAGGGUUACGGUGUGAUUGGCGAGUUCCAGACGGCUAUGCGCGAUCCUACGUUCUACCGUCUGCACUCGCAGGUGGACAACAUGUUCCAUCGCUACAAGCGUACCCUUCAGCCGUACAACGUCAACCAGCUCAACUACGACGGUGUCCAGAUUCAGUCGCUUGGAGUUCAGCUGAACCGUGCCAAUGCGCCGGCGAAUGUGUUGCUCUCGUACUGGCAACGAUCGCAGGUCGAUCUUGCCACCGGUCUGGACUUCGGACCGGAAGGUAAUGUGUUUGCGUCCUUCACGCAUCUGCAACACGCACCGUUCACCUUCCGACUGACGGUGAACAACAACACGGGCGCCACCCGUCGUGGUACAUGCCGUAUCUUUAUCGGACCGAAGGUGGACGAACGGAACACUGCGCUGACCAUGGAUGAGCAGCGUCUGCUGAUGGUGGAGUUGGACAAGUUCACCGUGAACUUGAAUGCCGGUACGAACAACAUUGUGCGCCGCUCGGAGCAGUCCAGCGUGACCAUCCCGUACGAGAGAACGUUCCGUCAGGUUGCGCUGUCCAACAUUAACGAACCGAGCACGGAAAUGUUCCGCUUCUGCAACUGUGGCUGGCCGCAUCAUCUGCUGAUCCCGAAGGGUUCACCGGAAGGCAUGCAGUUCGAUCUGUUCGCCAUGAUCUCGAACUAUGCCGACGAUACCGUCAACCAGGAGUUUGAUGAGAACGUUAACUGCAACGACUCACACUCGUUCUGCGGACUGCGUGAUCAGCUGUACCCCGAUCGUCGUGCGAUGGGCUAUCCGUUCGAUCGCCGCAUGCCAACCACUGUUAGAAGUUUGCCCGAUUUUACCCGCGGCAACACCAACAUGGCUACGGCACAGGUGCAGAUUCGCUUCACCAACACCGUCAUCGCCAGAACUUAA